AAUGACGCUACCUCCAGGACUUUACUCCGGCACCAGCUCUCUUGCUCUUGUGGCUCGUGCUUCGGCUUUUGGAGUUGGUCUCUUCUACGGGAGCACCAAGCUCAAGUUCUUGAAGAUGACGAAGCCAAAGAAGGUUGAAGCCAAUGUUCAGCAUUAAACCAUUUUUUCUCUCUCUUUUACAAUAAGAAACUAAAAACCCCGAGGGUGUGAGUUCAUGUCUGCCUGUCCCGGUUCAUCAAUUUUUCUUUCAGCAUUAAAAAAGGAACUUUUGUGUCUGAAAAGCAUAUUAUACGGUUCUUAAGACCUUUGUUUUGGAGCCAAAAAUUGCUAGCGGUUUACAAAACCAGAGUUAACAGCAUCUUUACAUUUGUUGUCACCGUCCAAUUUCACUUCACCUCUUAAACCAAAUUCAUUAUAACAGUAACGACAAGCUCAAUCUCAAGGCAUCACCUUUUGUUUUGCAAGUCCCAUUAUAUUACUAACAUUCUCGAUUAUGUCUUUCGACCAUAUGAUUUUUGAUAUGUAUUGUAUAGGAAUGGUUCCCGGUUAACCUGACUAGCC